AUGCCUGAACAAUAUAAGUCCUUUGUUCACGAGAUUCCCAAAGACAUUGUUAUGCACUUGCAAAAUGAACGUGAAUUCAAUCCUGACACUAUAAAAGGACCAAGAGAUGAAGAUGAUGAUGAUCACACCAAGGAAGUUGAAGGGUUUGAAAAAUUAUAUCCAAGGAAGGUGAGAUGCAGGCUGAGUUUCUACCCAAAAUGCUAUUAUGUCUCUUUACCAUGUCCUCCACAAUGCCCACAGAGUUGCUUAAUGGACUGCACCCUCUGCAAGCCAAUCUGCCAAUGCAAUAGACCUGGUGCUGUUUGCCAGGACCCACGCUUCAUUGGCGGGGAUGGCAUCACCUUCUACUUCCAUGGCCGGAAAGACAAAGACUUUUGCUUGGUGACUGACUCAAACCUCCACAUCAACGCACAUUUUAUCGGCAAACAUAACCCGACAUCGGCCUCGAAACGACGUGACUUCACCUGGGUCCAAUCCCUUGCUAUCCUCUUCAAUAAUCAUAAGCUCUUCAUUGGUGCUAAAAAGAUUAAUACAACACUGUGGGAUGACACUAUUGAUCAGCUUGAACUCUACUUCAAUGAGCACUCUAUAACUCUGAAUUCAAAUGAAGGUGCAGUGUGGGAGUCCAUGAGUGAUCCUAGAGUGUUUAUUACUCGCACACGUGUGAGCAAUGGAGUGAAGUUGGAAGUGGAAGGGAAGGUGGAGAUCUUGGCUUUGGUUGUGCCAGUGACUCAAGAGGAGUCAAAGGUGCACAAGUAUAAUGUGGGGAAAGAUGAGAGUUUGGCUCAUUUGGAUUUGGGGUUCAAGUUGUAUGGUGUGAGUGAGAAGGUGGAUGGAGUGCUUGGGAGGACUUAUAGAAAGGAUUAUAAGAGCAGGGCUAAGAUGGGAGUGGCAAUGCCGGUGUUGGGUGGUGACCGUGAGUUUGUUUCUUCUGGUCUUUUUAGUACUGAUUGCCUUGUGUCUCAGUUCAAUGCAACUGCAACAAGCUAG